CCGAUAUGCAUAAAAGCAUCUAAUAGUUUAGCUUGAUCAGGGCACAUGCCAGAACAUUGUGCUUCGCUCCCAGGCCUACCUCAAAUUCGAUUAUCUCAGGGAAGUUUAAUCAGGCAACGAUUUUUUGCUCUUUUGUUUGGUUUGUUAUCAGAUGAAAGAAGACAGCUUGCCAGCAUCGCGUUUCCAGCGAAAUAAGCGCUGUAUUAUCUGGUCCACUGUCAUAUCCUUAUGUGCCUUGGCGCUGAUAUUAGGGCUCGCAAUUGGUCUUACCAGGAAGUCUCAAUCGUCUCCAUCGGAAAACGAUGCACUGCAAAAUUUUCCAGAACAAUUCAUCCUAAGUGGCAAUAAUUUCACCAUUACCAGCCAACCCACUACAAGAUACUACGAGUUCAAUAUCACUCAACGAAAUGGUUCGCCCGACGGUUUUGAAAGAACUAUGCUUGUCGUCAAUAAUCAAUUUCCUGGGCCCCUUAUUGAAUGCAACAUUGGCGAUAGAAUUGUUGUAAAGGUUAAUAAUCAACUUCCUGAUGGGCAAGGUACCUCUAUCCAUUGGCACGGCAUGUUUCAAACCAAUACCACCUGGAUGGAUGGCACUGUCGGUGUUACACAAUGUCCGAUUCCCCCGGGAGAGAGUUUUACAUAUAAUUAUACUAUAACCGAACAACGGGGAACAUACUGGUGGCACUCACAUGCAAAAGGGCAAUACACCGACGGUAUUGUCGGACCACUAAUUGUUCAUGAUCCCAAUGAAGGGUUCAUGAAUGACUACGAUGAAGACAUCGUUGUUAUGAUAUCAGAUUGGUAUCACGAAUUAUCACCUAUUAGUCUUGCCCAAUAUGCCAACGCCGAUAACACCGAAGGUGCGGAGCCUGUACCAGAAAACGGCCUUAUCAAUGGAUUAAAUCUCUUUGACUGCAAUGGAUCAACAAAUAGCUCUAUACCAUGCACUGGAGGAACACAAGCCAACUUCACCUUCGUUCCAGGGAAGCGGUACAGAAUAAGGUUAAUAAAUACAGGUGCCUUCGCAGAGUUCGAUUUUUCAAUCGAUGGUCACAAAUUGACUGUCGUUGAGGCUGACGGUGUAGCCAUGAAACCAGUUGCCAUUGAUCGUGUACCGAUUCAAGUAGCUCAGCGCUACUCUUUGAUUGUCGAAGCCAAUCAGACAGUUGGCAAUUAUUGGAUGAGAGCCAUCAUAAAUCAAAAUUGUCUUGCUUAUACCAACGAUGCUCUCAACCCUGUUGUCUUGGCUGCUGUUCACUAUGAAGGCGCCAAUGGUACGAUACCGAACUCUCCAGAUCCAGGCUACUCUGAUCCUGUUGAUUGUGUUGACUUGGAUCCUUCAGACCUCAAGCCAGUAGAUGGUAUGGAUGCUCCUCCAUACGACGUCAGUUAUUAUAUCGAAGCGUCCUUCCAAGCAAUUAGAGAGGAUCGCAUCAGAUACGGAUACAUGAACACAACUUCGUGGUCUCCUCUCCAAAACACCUCAACAUUGCAGCAAGCAAAUGCUGGUGUUACAACUUUUGACACCAACACUCAAUUUGUGCUAACACCGCCAGAUAACGCCACCGUCGUUCAAUUGAUUAUACAGAACUUUGAUGACGGGUCUCAUCCUUUCCAUCUUCACGGUCAUACCUUCUGGUUGUUAGGAACCGGCGCUGGAUACUAUGCCUCAAACACAAAUCUUAAUACUACAAAUCCAGUUCGCCGUGAUACUGGCACUGUACCGGCCUUUGGUUAUGCUAUCAUAAGGUUUAUUCCUCAUCCUGGCAUGUGGCUAUUCCAUUGCCAUCUGGUAUGGCAUCAUUUAAUGGGUCUUGCUAUGCAGAUACAGUACCAACCGAGUGUUAUAAGGUCGUUCGAUGUCCCUCAAGACUGGAAAAAUCUUUGUCCCUCAUAGAUGACUUUUGGCACCGCGCUGUAUCAGUAAUAGUUUAUCCUCUGAAUGUAAUCAUUUCUAGUAUUUAUGAUGGCUCCUCCUAUCCACAACGCAUAUGUAUUUAAAUUUUAGAGUAGCAUUAUGCUUAUCCAUUGACAAAGUUAUUAUAAAGUCAAUAAUAUUUCUUUUACUGUAUUGUAUGUUUCUAUCAA